AUGUCCGAGAAACUCAAGGAAGUUGUUAAGGAGGAGAUUGAGCAGGCGAAGCUGCUCGCUGUGGAUGCAGCGCGUUCUGCCGCGUACCUAUAUCCCCUCAAAGGCAUCGCCUUCUUCUUCACGCACCGCGCCCUGUGGCGUCCGCUCGCGAACAAGCUCAUCCCGACAAUCUCCCUCGGCCUCGGCGUCACUGUCUUCAUGUUCGCCGUGACCUACGUCCCACAAGCUGCUGUCCUCGCCGUCUUCAACGGCCCGCUCGCCAUCGUCUCCACGAUCCUGCUCGUCCUCUCCGAAGCCUCCACCGUCUUUAACGUCCUCUCCAAGAACUUCCUCAUCGACGAUGCCCUCAUUGACACCUUUGACGGCACACUGCUCGCACGUGACCAGCAGGCGCUCGUAUCCCGAGAGCGCCAAAUGAAGGGUGGAAGCGACUACAUGGCCCGUCUGGGCAAGAUCACCAAGAAGCCGUUUGAGCGCUUCACUCCGAAGGCGAUCAUUAGGUAUUUUUUGUACUUGCCGCUGAAUCUGAUUCCCGUGGUGGGUACUGUACUCUUCGUCAUCUUGCAAGGCAGGAAGUUCGGACCCACGGCGCAUGCGAGGUAUUUCCAGCUCAAGCAGAUGAGCAAGCACCAGAAAGAGCAGUUUAUUGAGAGCAGGAAGGCGGCUUACACGAGCUUCGGCAUUCCCGCCGUCCUCCUCGAGCUUGUCCCCGUCGCAGGCAUCUUCUUCAGCUUCACCAACACCGUUGGCGCCGCACUCUGGGCUGCGGACAUCGAGCAGAAGAAAUCGCCGGGAGAGACCACCGCGUCGGGACUUCGCAGCCAGGCCGAGGCCGCAUCGAGGAAAGAGUUGUAG